CUGGGCUCGAAUGUGAUGGCUUUGUGGUCCCUGCUCGCUUCGGCCAACCCUCCUUUUUCGAGCUGGGCGAUGAAGAGCCCAGCCCCUUACAGCGUUGUUGCUGCCGCUGCCGCCGCCGCCGCUAGUAGGUGGGGCGAGCGCCCUUCUGUUGCUCUCCGGGUGGGCGGGCGGCAGCCGUCUCCCGGAUUCCUCUUCCUCCCUGCCGGGGCGCAGGCACUCGCUCGGCCCCUCCUCUCCCUUUCCCCUCCAGUGACAUCAGCGAGGAGGUCCCUGUGCGGACGUCGAGUGGACGCCGGCUCUCUGGGAAGCCUCGCCUCUCUCUCGGCCGUCUCCGUUCCCAGCCCGAGGAGGCGGAGGCGUUGGAGCGAGCGAGCAAGGCGUGUGGACACCGCUUUUUGCUUUGCGACGGACGAAGAAAGGCGGCUGCUGCUGCUACUCCCUGCCACAGUUCUGGAUUUAUUUCUUUUCAUUGUUAUGUUUGCUGGGUUGGCUAAGACGAGAGGCGCCCUUCCGCGAGGAGAUUUUUCUGAAGUUGCAUAAAAAUUGAAUGAUGCCCUAAACACGUUGGUAGCUUAGAAUCACUGAAAAUAAAUGGCACAACGUUUGCCACAAGUCUUCUAGAGAAGAUGGUCCAUUAGCUUCUCAGGGAAGGGCACAUAACUCAAGAUGGCAGCCCAGAGGAUUCGUGCUGCCAAUGCCAGUGGCCUCCCACGGUGCAAAUCUGAGGGGACACUGAUUGAUCUGAGUGAAGAAUUCUCAGAACCCAGCUUCAGUUCUGUCAAAGUGCCUUCUCCUAGUGCCUUGAUGGUAGACAAUCCUACGUCAUUUGGAAAUGCAAAGGAAGUUGUAGCAAUUAAAGACUACUGCCCAAACAAUUUCACCACCUUGAAGUUCUCUAAGGGAGACCAUCUUUAUGUCUUAGAUACCUCAGGAGGUGAGUGGUGGUAUGCUCACAAUACCACAGAGAUGGGCUACAUCCCAUCCUCCUAUGUCCAGCCUGUGAACUACCGGAGCUCUUCAUUAACUGACAGUGGAAUGAUAGACAAUCUGCUUGAAAAUUCUGAUGAGGGAGCCAAAGAGCUUGACCUGCUUGGAGACUGGAUGGAUGAAAAGCUGAGCUUAGCCAAAAACAAUCCUUUCUUGAACAACGUGCAGACUAACCCUUUUCUGAACGGGAAUUUGCACAUAAUGCCUGACAGAGACAAGGAGUAUUGUCUCCAAACCACAGUGGAUUUGUUGCUCUUUGACACAGGAGUGCCUACAUUUACAGGGUCAAGUUCUGCAACUAACAGCAGUGUAGGUAACCAUCUUGAUGAAGUUCCAUCAAUGAAUGGAUUUGAAUUUGAGCAGCCAAGCAGACGGGACAAUCCUUUUUUCAGAAGCAAGCGCUCAUACAGUUUAUCAGAGCUGUCAGUACUCCAAGCAAAGUCAGAAAAUCCAGCAUCAUCAGGCUUCUUCAGUGGGUUGAAAUCUCCUACCCCAGAGCAAUUCCAAAGCAGGGAAGACUUUAGAGCUGCAUGGCUGAACCAUCGAAAAUUAGCAAGAUCUUGCCAUGACUUGGAUUUAUUGGGCCAGAACCCUGGUUGGGGUCAGACCCAACCUGUGGAAACAAACAUAGUUUGCAAGCUAGAUAGUUCUGGGGGAGCAGUUCAGCUUCCAGAUACAAAUAUUAAUAUGCGUAUUCCAGAAGGACAUGUGGGUGCUGGAGAUACACAGCAGAUCUCCAUGAAAGCUCUUUUGGAUCCCCCUCUGGAGCUCAACAGUGACAAAUGCAGCACCAUAAGCCCUGUACUAGAGAUUAAGUUGAGCAACAUGGAAAUCAGAACCCCCAUCAUGCUGGAGAUGAAAAUUUCAGCAGAAGUAAAGAAUGACAUAGUGAGUAAGAGUUUGGUAGGAGUACAGUGCCUGCGGAGUGACAUGAAGGAAGGCCCAUACGUACCAGUGCAACUCAGCUAUUGCUACGGAGACACGACCCAGGUUCAGCUGGAGAACCUGGAGCCUUGUAUGUAUAUAGCAAUCGUAGUGCAAGGACAGAACAUUCUAUAUCCUUACACUGUCUGGGAUUAUAUUAGUAAAAAAAUCACAGUUGGUGUCUAUGGUCCAAAGCACAUACACCCUUCUUUUAAAACUGUGGUUGCCCUCUUUGGACAUGAUUGUGCCCCAAAGACUCUCCUAGUGAACGAAGUUACACGUCAAGUGCAUUGCACAGCACCUGUGGCACUGCAGUUGUGGGGAAAGCACCAGUUCACCUUAGCAAGGCCACAAGACUUAAAGCUUUGCAUGUUUUCAAACAUGACGAAUUAUGAGGUAAGAGCCAACGAGCAGGCAAAAACAGUGAGAGGCUUCCAAAUGAAGCUGGGGAAAGUCAGCCGCCUCAUCUUCCCCAUCAUGUCACAUGAUCCCAACGAGCUGUAUGACUUCACAUUGAGAAUACAAGUCAAGGAUGACAAAGACACCAUACUGACUCAGUUCUGUGUUCAGACCCCACAGCCUCCUCCCAAGAAUGCUGUCAGGUCCACUGGACAGCGAAGGUUCCUGAAGAAAAAUGAGGUUGGGAAAAUCAUCCUGUCCCCUCUUGCAACCACCAGCAAGUAUCCAGUCUUCCAGGAUCGGAUAGUGGCAAGCUUAAAAUAUGGAAAACUGCUGAAAACGGUGGUGCGGCAAAACAAGAACCAUUAUCUCUUGGAAUAUAAAAAAGGGGACGGAAUAGCUUUGCUAAGUGAGGAGAAAAUCAAGUUGAAAGGUCAACUCUGGACAAAGGAAUGGUACAUAGGUUACUAUCAGGGUAAAAUUGGUCUUGUCCAUACUAAAAAUGUUUUAGUUGUUGGGAAAGUCAAGCCAAAUUAUUUCUCUGGGCCUGAGCUUACCACUAGUAUGUUGCUGGAGCAAAUCCUGAGGCCUUGUAAGUUUCUCACCUAUAUCUAUGCUUCAGUAAGGACUUUGCUCAUGGAAAACAUCAGCAGCUGGCGUGCAUUUGCAGAUGCUCUGGGAUACGGCAACUUGCCACUUGCUUUCUUCUGUCGAGCAGAGCUUGACAGUGAACCAGAAUGUGUGGCUUCUGUGUUGGAGAAAUUGAAAGAAGACUGUAAUAACUCAGACAAUAAGGAUAGGAAAUCUUUCCAGAAGGAGCUGAUGUCAGCCUUGCUGAAAAUGGAUUGCCAGGGCUUGGUUGUUAGGCUAAUUCAGGAUUUUGUGCUUCUGACUACGGCUGUAGAAGUGGCCCAGCGCUGGAGAGAACUUGCUGAGAAAUUGGCUAAGGUCUCUAAGCAACAGAUGGAUGGCUAUGAAGCCCCUCAUCGGGACAAGAACGGAGCUGUAGAUAGUGAGGCAAUGUGGAAACCGGCAUAUGACUUUAUGCUAACAUGGAGCAAUCAAAUGGGAGACAGUUACCGUGAUGUUACCCAAGAGCUUCACAUUGGCCUUGACAAAAUGAAGAAUCCUAUCACGAAACGCUGGAAGCAUCUCACAGGAACCCUAAUUUUAGUCAACUGCCUGGAUAUACUACGGGCAUCUGCCUUUAGCCCACAAGAACAUGAUGAUUAUGCCAUAUGAUGGGGAGUUGUAACUUCUGGAUGCUGUUUGUUUUUAUGUUUUUUAACUAAUGAAGAGAAAGUUGACAGUUUUGAUAAGCCAAAGUUUUGGGCAGUGAUUCCUGUGUUCAGACUGCAAACUUCUUAUGGUUGUCUCUCCCCAGGGCAGAGGACACCCAAGACUAUAUUAUUUUCUAUGCUCUGUGGUUAACAGCUUUCUUAAUUUGUAACAUUUAAAAUGGAACUUUUUUUAGGCAUUUGCAAAUAUCAGAUUUGAAAGUUGAAAUCACUUUUGGAAGGAGCUACCAUUUUUAUUAUGUAACAUGAAAAACAUUUCUGUCCUCCUUUAAACUAUUAUUUCAAUGAGUCAUUGAUAUGUAUAAAAAUGAAGCACAGUCUGGUAUCAUGCAAGCAUUUGGAUUUUCUAAUGUGCAACUCUGAGAACUGUUUAUACAUUGUUGUGUUAACACCACCCCUCCAUCCUGUGACUCUGUCAGUGUUAUAUUUGUUCCCCAUGAUUUGCUUUUAUGUGCACCUGUCUGUAAGGAAGAAAAGGCCACACGUUCACACCCAAUUUAAAUGGAUUUUGUAAUUUAGGGCAAUCUGUUAGUGCACAGGCAAAAACUGUGUUCCACUUUUGUCUGCUUCAGAGCCAUGAUCAGAAAGAACUAAUAGUUUCAGGUUAUAGGACUGAUCCUUUCACAUUUGAGAGAAUUUUAAUGGAUACCAUUUAUGGUCAAAUAGCAUUUCACUUCACUGAAUGUUUCAUCCGAUAAUAGUAGGUGUCUCUCUUCAGAAGUUUACAUUGUAUGGAUAUGUUUUAAAUGCAAAUAAUGAGUAUUCCAUAGUGGUUCUUAAUUAUGCCAUCGUUAAGCUGAAGUUUUAGGAUUAGUUCUCACUAGGGCGAUAACCUGUGGGACUGUGCCACUACAAACUCAGGCUCACAUAACUGAAUGCUUCUCUAUUCAACAAAUUCUCUAGGCAUAGACCAACCGGCUCAUCAAGAAGGCAGCUAGACUAGAACCCUUUUCCCUGACACCUGCCAUAGCCUUCUUCAGUUUGAUGCUCUCCACUGGCGCUAGCCAGCAUGACCAACAGUCAGGGAUGAUGGGAAUUGUAAUCCCAAACAUUUGGGGGGCCAUAGGUUGUGAGGAGCAUUCUGUCAUGUGAAUUUCUCUACCCACAGUCUGAGAUAUUUGCAGCCCAGACACAUUUUCCAUCUCAGUAAGAACUAGGCCUACUUCUGAUCAGGUGCCUAGUUGUUCAAUCAGAAAUGCUUGACCUGACAAUACUCUGUAAUUGUGCUCUGAAGGUACAAAACGUCUGUUCAUUUAUUAACACUAGGUCAUUGGUAUUCACCUUAUGUGCUGUAUGGGCAAAAGAGCUGAACUGGCAUCACCUCUGACUUUUCAUGUACCACACAAAGCUAUAAAAAAAUUGUAGCUGUAAUAUGUUCAAAUGUAAGUUUCAUGAAACCCUUUCAGUCUACCUCUUAAUUCCAAAAUACUUUAUGUGGGGAAGGUUUUUUUAUAGUUUCCCCCCCUAGUGUGUGCAUUUAUGUUUGGGCAGGGAAGGUACUUUGUUUUUUGCACAAGAGAUUUUCAUAUUAAGACACAUUUCCUAAAUCUCCCAAAUAAUAAGACACUGUUCAAAAUGUUAAAUGUUUUCUUUCUCAGUCAAAAUUUGCAAACCUUCUAUCAAUGUGGCCACUGUAAGUAACUUUUUAAACCUGUUUUCCCAUUUUAAAAACAUGUUACAGCUUUGUUCUUUGGAACAAGCUGACCUUUUAAGCAACUUGACUUAUGCAACAUAACUUUCCUAUCAGCAGCUCCUGAGUUUGAUGAAAGCAGAAUCUCAGCUUGUUGGAAAGGCAUUCCUAUUGUUUGAAUGCAAGUUUAAUUAGUGGGGAGAGUGCUUGUAAUUUAUUUCUUUUUUCAGCCAGCUCCUUUUAAAUGGUCUCCCUUUCUUUACUUUGUCCAGUGAAAAGCACCUUAAACUUGGGAUUUUGUCACAACAGAUUGAAGCAGAUUCCUAUGCAAGUUUUCAUUGCACAUGUGAAGUUAGUUAGGUUAGCAGUAUUAUCACAUGCGCAUGGAACCAAUUUUUCCAAAGCAUAAGUAUUUUCUUCUCUCACACAAAGCCAGAAUCUGCACAUGAAGCUGAAUAGCAUGUUUGAGUGUAAAAUGGAAAUGGACUGCCUUCAAGUCGAUCCGACUUAUGGCGACCCUAUGAAUAGGGUUUUCAUGGUAAGUGGUAUUCAGAGGGGGUUUCCCUUUGCCUUCCUCUGAGGCUAAGAGGCAGUGACUGGCCCAAGGUCACCCAGGGAGCUUCAUGGCUGUGUGGGGAUUCGAACCCUGGUCUCCCAGGUCCAGCACCUUAACCACUACACCACACUGUAGGGGAGGAAAAAAGCCCUUUGUAUAUUGUAGUCCAUAGAAGAAUAUAACAGAUGAUGGAGAGCCAGAGCUGUUAAAGUAAGAUGUUUUAUUUUGGCACUGUGUGUGCAUGGCUUCUGUUUCAUUAUGGUAUUUUUCAGAACUACAACUAGUCCAUGAAAUGGUUAGUUUCUUUCUGUAGAUGCACAAAACCCCGAUGGGAAUAUAUUAUACAUGGUAGUCUGGGUUACGGACAGACAGGCAGGUGUGUGAGUCCAAGCAUGUUCCUGUGUAUAUAAAUGUUCUCAGUAUGCUAUGUGGGCAACCACUGGGCUGAUGAUACAUGUACAAGGCAGCCUCAUUUUGCACCUGGAUAUGUGCUGGAAGUGCUCCACCUAUUGGCAUGUGUGGAACUUGCUAUAGUGAUUGUGGACUCUGGAUUCAGUCAUGGAAUUAGUUUGUAGUUCUGUGUCUUGUAAGAGCAGACUUGAGCCAAAGUAUUGAGAUUUUAAUCGAUUUUAACAGGAGGAUUUUAAAGCUGGAGGUUUUAACUCCAGAAAUUGGAUGAAAUAUUCCACAACAGAUUUGGGGGGAGGGGCUGGUUUGCCUUGUUCUUCUGCCAUUUUUGUCAAACUACCUCAGGUCUUGCACAUCUUUUCAUGUUUUGACUUAAAGCCUAAGGGCUGUUCUAGACAAUUACUACACACCACCACCAUGGAGAACUGUUGAAUUACAACAGCAGCUUUUCUAGAUUAGUUUGAUGCAAUUGCUGCUUGAUUGAUUUUCUGCUUUUAACUAAAAAGUUGGGUCGUAGCACAUAGUUGGAGUAGUUUGUAUGUUCAGCCAAAUGCCUUUCACUCAAAAGUAUGUCCUUACAAGGUAAGCUUGCUUUGGAUUUUACAUUAAUACACUGUAA